CAUCAAUACAUUGUAUAUCAAUUUGAUCCUAACGAUCCCCAUAACUUCCAUAAUAAUAAGCAUUACAACCCAAUAACCUCCUAUAAAAAAAUAAACACCACCUAUUCUUUCACAAUAAAGAAAAAUAACACCAAACGCCAAUCACAUGACCUAGUCAAUGCAUACAGUACAUAUAAUCCAACCUAAUCAGAUCCACUCCUUGCUCCUCCAUUAGUACAUAUCAUAGCCAAGUCAUACCCAACGACCUGAGUCACAAUCCAAUCCCACCCAAAAUGACAGAGACCGACACACCUACGCCCCUAAUCUUCGUGACAGGUAACAAAAACAAAGUCCUAGAAGUAAAAGCCAUCCUGUCCACCACCCCGCUCGAAGUUUUAGAUAUCAAUCUCCCUGAGAUCCAGGGUAGUGUUGAAGAGAUCACGCGGGAGAAAUGCCGAGCUGCGGCUGAGAGGAUUGGUGGCCCGGUGUUGGUUGAGGAUUCGGCGCUGGAGAUGAAGGCUUUGGGGGGCCUGCCGGGGGCUUAUGUCAAAGCAUUCGUGGACACGAUAGGAAAUGAAGGGCUCAACAAGAUUCUCGCGGCCUUUGAUGACAAAUCUGCUGAUGCAGUGUGUACUUUUGGAUAUUCGCCGGGGCUGGGACAUGAGCCUUUGCUUUUCCAGGGGCGGUUGCAGGUGUGUUACUUUGGUUUCGAUAGUACACGGAUCAUACUAUGAUUGGUUGGUUUGAAACCUAACUGUACGCGAUAAAGGGGCGAAUUGUCCCAGCUAGGGGUAAUUCUUCGUUUGGUUGGGAGCCGAUUUUCGAGGUCGAAGGAGAAACAUUGGCCGAGAUGGAGGUUGGCAAGAAG